UUGCAACUAGGCCCUCCAAGAAUUUUUCAUCAGUGCAGCUGCAAAGAACAGACCAAAGGAAUGCGGAUUAAAGGAUGGAAUUUCACCAAUCGAGACGCACGAAGAAGAAUAUGCAGUGCGAUUGAACACGACAGCCUGCGUGACGCUACCUAGAGAAGUUGAAGGUAACCAAAAUGAUGCGGGGUUCGAGUCUGCGCUAAGUGAUUUAAAUCUCCGCCAAACUGAAUUUGAGUCUUGACCAAGUGAGUUGUUACUCGGUGGCAGUUUUCGUUAUUUCAACAUUUUCAAUAUUUCUUUUCAUUUUUCCACAUUUCAAGAUCACAACAUUUAUUGUAUCAGCACAGAAAGUUUAUUUUAAGAGGAAGAACCUAAUAGAAUGGGUGGAAUUUUGCACUUAUUUGUUCUUAGAGAGUGAGUGUGAGUUGUUAAAAAAAUGGAUACGGAAAUUUGCGGUUUUCUGUAUGUUAAGUCGGCAGGACAUAGAUAUAUCGCACAAAAAGUAAGGAAAAAAUCUUUGGUGUCAUCAAAAGUUUGGAAACGACUUUGGUGUUCUAUAAAGAAAUUAGGAUCCGGACUUGGCGUACAAGUACAAUUUGACAGUAAACUCGGUUAUAGCAGUAAUGUUUCGAAGCAGAGAGAGAAGGACAAUUCUGUAAUAAUACCGCCAAGUGCCAUCAUAUAUCGCAUUCAUUCCAAAACAAAGCAAUUUGCUUUUGGUAUAUCACAAGGUAAAGAAAGGAAACUCUUACUGUCAUUGUCCGCCAAUUCAGAAACUGAAACACAGCGUUGGAUGGAAAAUAUUAGAUAUCUAUUGAAUCCUAAGAGAGGUUGUUGCACAGGAAAGUCAUACAAUAUAUCUAUGGUCGAUAAUGCACACUCAAAGGCAGCAGGAUUAAUUGGUUUAUAUGGGAGUUUAACUGCUACUGAAACAGGAGUAUUCAUUAAAAGUCCUCAAACUGAUGAAAUGGUCAAAUCUUUUGAAUGGAAGGAAUUUGGCCAAUUUCAUUUAAUGACAGUAGGUCGUCCAGAAGAUGUAAAACGUAUUUGUGUAUUACACACGACUAAAGAGUUUUGCUGCGGUAUUGGAGAACUCUAUUUUUUUUGUCUUGAAGCCAAUAAAUUAUUACAAGAUUUAGUAACACAGGGUCGUGGUCCAAAACAUAAACAAAGGUCUUUGAAUUUUAAUGAUGAGGUCUGUGAAGUACCCAAACAACGUAGUGAACUUAUUGGUCCUUUUUCACAACAAAAAAGUAAUUUGUUGUGUAUAGUGGAUUUAAAAGCAGAUUGUUUUAGUGCAUCAAUACAUAAUGAAGAUAUAGAGAAUGUGUAUCAAUCAAUACCUGCUAAUUUGACAUACAACGAGGAGUCAGAUACUUAUAAUUAUGGAGCAUCUAAUAUAUCAAUCGCUUCUGGAAUUUAUGAAGAAAUUGUAGAUAAUAUAUGUUCCAUUAAGUCAAAAACUAAUACUUCAAAUGUAUAUGAGGAUACAGAUACAAUUCUUUGUAGUCUGCAAAUAAAACCUCCACCACUGCCACCACGACAGAGGCAAAAAUCAGAGCACAUAGAGGAAGUGAGGAUAAAUGCAAAAGAAUAUUUUUACACUGAAGUUUGUGAUCUUGAAGAAAGUUUACAAAGUACUGAAGUAUAUACGCAGAAAACUACACUUAUAGACACUUCCAAUUAUGUUCCAAUGUCACCACAAUUCAGAGGUUCUAAAACGUUUAAAUCAGAUGCUACUGGAAAUGCAAGACAAGAUGACUAUGUUAUUAUGCGAUAACAUAUAUCCUGUACUUCUCGACUGAUGUUCUUCCAAGUAGAACCUCCUUCAUCGUACCAAAAAACAUUGUGAAUGGAGGUCCAGGUAUAUUGUGUUUCUGCCAAAAAUUAUAAGUCGCAGUUAAAUAGUAACAGAGCAGGCAAAUAAUUGACCCGCAUAGAAUUCCAACGAUUCCCACCAUUUUGAGCCUAUGACCAAACAUUUAUUAUAAGUUUUGCCUCUAAAUCUUUUGGUUGAAAAUAUUUUUAGUUGUUUACGUUUAAAUCUAACAUUGUAUGACAUACGAAUUUUUCUAUACACUAUAAAAUUCUAGAAAUUGUAACAUUUCUCAUAACUUGUGUAAUUAUAUCCUGUAUUUAUGUGUGAUAUUUGAUAUAUUUAUAACUUGGUAUAUUUACGCUUAAAAAAAAAUUGUUACGUUUUCGCAUUAAAAUCGCAAACUGAGAGCACACUUCAACCUGUCCUACCUUAUGUUUAUAUCGCAAUUUUGUAUACGUAUAACUAAACGACAUAGUUACGUAAGAGAGAUAAUCGGCUAAUAAAUAAAUAAAAAUGCAUAUACAAUUAUAAGAGUAGGAUAAUAAUGCUAAAUAAACUU